AUGGGUAACCAUCACCCAACUAUGAAUGUUGCGAUUGUCGUUGCUACGACUGCUGCUCGAGCCUCCACUUUUGCCCAAGGCCAAGCCGUCACUGAUGGUAGUUUCUUCAUUUGCCACCGACAACCAUUGUCUGGAAAUGGCUAUCACCCAACUUCACGGGUCUCGUUACUCUGCCAUCCUAAUGGAGUCGAGGGAUACAAUACAGAGCGAUGCUGCCAUGGAUCACAUCAUGCCUCGCCAUGA